AUGAAAGUCUUGACGCCUCUAGCGGCUCGUGGGCCCCCGCUCGAGUCCAAAGCGGUUGAGGUGCAAAGUGCGGAAUCUCAAACUGGACCACGCCCAGCCCGACGACCACUCGCAGGCGAUCCUGGGACAGAAGACGACCAAGACGAGCAAGAAGAUACAGACGUUCAUUCUGAGCAUUUCCAACGCGCCCGACGAGCCAGAAAGCCACGUCCUCUGUCUCUGCCAGUGUUAGACGGGCCUGCUGAUCGACUAAAGCGCGUAUUUAAACGUUCUAGUCUUGUAAUACUCUCCAAGCACGCACAAGACUCUCCAGACGUCCCAGACGCUAUCCACGACGAGGGCGAGGGCCCAUCAAACGACGCCAGGUCUGUAAACACGAUGGAUCGCCGACGAACAGCAAUGGGACCACGCGCUCCAAUGUCCCAGACGGCAAAUGCAGCUCACAGCAGCGACGAACGUAGCCAGGCUUUCGAGUCCAUCUUUGGACGGCCGUCUGCCGCUCACCGAGACAUGCAGCCGUAUGGCCAGCAGCAAGCCCGGCCGUCUCCUGUAAACUCUGGACCUCCAUAUCAGCAUUAUCCUCAGCAGACAUACCAGCCGCGCCAUCUCCAGCCUCAGCAGCCACAGUAUGCGCGCUCAAUCCGCACAAACGAACCAGCAUACAGUCACCAAUACACCCAGCAGCGUUCAAACUACCAACCGUCGUAUACAGCCGCUGGUGCUGGUGUCAUUACGUCUCCCCCACCACCUCCCUCGGACCCCUCUCUCGACUUUUUCAUUAGCCAAGGAAUGACCCCCGCCCAGGCCUACCAGGCACACGUCAACAAUCAACAGCGAACGGGUCUUCCUCCGGGCGCUCAUCCACCUUCUACGCAUCCCAACACGACAACGAGGUAUGCAAGCUCCCAGGUCUCGCUCAACUCUGCAACACCCCCACGGCUAGACAGCCUCGGCCUACAACCCGAUGGCGGGAAACUGAGUUUGGAUUUCGAAAGCAACAAAACAAACCUCGAUUCUACAAAUCGGGUUCAAGCCUAUCCAGGGUCGAUGCCGGACGAAGCUGAGGGGGAUAGUGAAUUGCCGUGGGUAAACUCUGGACAAAGAACACCGACUAGCGCACUCCAAGGCACUCAGUCAACUUCUCAAGCUGGAAGUUCUUAUGCAUACGGCUCUUCGAAUUCACGAAGCACAUCAAGUUCAAUUGACAUUCGAGAUCAACGGACCAUAGCUCCGCCGAAACUCAGUUUGGAUUUCGGCAGCCCUCCUUCGUUUGCACCAAACAACCUCAACGACUAUACUGCCGAGGGGCGCCCUUCAGUCGACUCUGUCCUCACUGCGGGUCCAUCUAUGAAUUCCAGCAACGGGCAGUACACGCCUCAAUCCGAGUCUACCUCGGCCCCAUCUUCGUACGCGCGUAGAUCACUACCAUCAGACGGAACACGAAUUCGCACCCCGCUCUCGCAACUCACCUUUUCCCAAACAAAUAGCAAUACCUCUCUCACCGGCCCUCCAACUCCAGCUUCCAAUACUUCUAUCACCGCCCGGCGGACACGCCGAGCGCCUCUAGUCUAUCCAGCUCUCCUCUCCCGCGUCGCAGAAGCACUCGUGCAACGCAUCUCACUCUCAGUACGAACUAAACACGGUCUAUCGUAUCCAGAUGCGUUUGAUGGCCAGGAGGCCGUUGACAAGAUCUGUUAUAUCAUCAAGACCACGGAUAGAAGUCUUGCGCUUCUAUUGGGACGAGCGCUAGAUGCUCAGAAAUUCUUUCAUGAUGUCACAUAUGAUCAUCGCCUGAGAGACAACCCAAACGAGAUUUAUCAGUUCCGGAGCAACGUCGAUAGUCUCGCUUUGGUCGGCGGUGGCAGAAACAACAAGACUCAUUCGCGUGGAGAUUCCCAGAGUUUGAGUCCGAACAACUCGUUUAGCGGGAGCUCUCAUCGCGCAUCAAUGUCCAAGUCGAGUACUUUGGAAACACAUUCCUCUGCAUCCUCUACAAAUGGAUAUCAUCCUCACGCAGGGACCGAGUCCACCAUCGUCCCUUACUCCAACCAAUCAUUGAAUUCGCAUACGACUCAUGAUCACGACGAUCACGCCAACCAAGGAGACGGCCUUGAUUCACAUGUAGAGGCGUUGGAACUACCGACGGGAGUCUUUACGAUGCUCACCGAAUGUUACUCUGCCACCUGUACACGAGAUCAAGUGUGCUACUCUAUUACUUGUCCUCGACGGAUGGAACAGGUGACAAGGCGACGGAAUCGUCCUGGUAGUGUUGGUGGUUCGUCGACGCCCACAAAGGUCGCGAGGAGAGCGACCAUUGGAAGUCAGCCGCCCGGAAGUAUCCCUGGUACUAGCGGUACAACUAGUCCCGUUGGAAGUGCAAGUGGGCAUGGACAUCCUCAAAGUAGUGGCCUUCCGCGGCUUGUCAAGCCCGGGGAGGGUGAUCCCAUUGGGCUGGACGAUGAGGAUGAUGCUGUGUUGGAAACGGGACAGCUAUGGAUACAUACCGUUCCAAAAGAGGUUGCCGAUACGCUCAGUGAUGCGGAGAAGAAACGUCAAGAGGCUAUCAACGAGGUCAUCUAUACCGAGCGGGACUUUGUGCGGGACAUGGAGUACCUCAGAGACGUCUGGGUCGCGGGCAUCAAAAACUCGGAUGUCAUCCCAGUGGAACGUCGGGACGAAUUCAUUUCACACGUAUUUUGGAACAUUUUGGCUAUUAUCGAAGUCAAUACUCGGCUUCGUGAUGCGUUGACCAAGCGACAAAAGCAAUUCAUGGUUGUUGGCGAGAUUGGAGACAUCUUCAAGGAUAUAGUGCCUUUUUUUGAGCCCUUUGUCGAGUAUGGUGCACAUCAGAUGUACGGCAAGUACGAAUUCGAAAAGGAGAAGAGCAGCAACCCUGCGUUUGCUGCCUGGGUCGAGGAAAUCGAACGCCUACCAGAGUCGAGGAAACUGGAGCUGAAUGGUUACCUCACCAAGCCUACCACUAGGCUCGCUCGAUAUCCACUGCUCCUUGACGCCGUCCUGAAGCAUACUCCCGACAACUCUCCUGACAAGAUCAACAUCCCAGAGGUCAUUCAAAUGGUCCGCAACUUCCUCACACGCGUCAAUCAAAAGACCGGAGAAGCCGAAAAUCGGUUCCAUCUUCACCAACUUCAGCGACAGCUCUCGUUCCGACCGGGAGAGGCUUCGUUGAAUCGACGAGGUGGUGCCGGGGACAAGGAGGAUCUGCAGGUGUUUUUGUUCGACCACGCGUUGCUCAUGGUCAAGCAAAAGUCAAAGCAUGAUCAAUACAAGGUUUAUCGACGGCCAAUUCCCCUCGAAUUCCUUGCCGUAUCUGCGGCGGAUGACCCGAGUCAAGUGGUCACGAUCAGGCCUAGCACGCACGGACGGGGUGGAGGAAGGGGGAUGCUCAUUAGGCCCCAACACGAUCAUACAAAUUCGGCCCAUGGUGGCGGCGGUAAUGGUCAUGGUCAUGGUAGCCCGCUAUCGCUCACGGCAAGAGCAGGUAACAACCCACACGGGUUUCCGAUCACGUUUACGCACCUUGGGUGGAGAGGCUACACGAUCACGCUUUGGGCCAGCACAUUUAUCAGCAAGAAGAAAUGGCUAGAGCAUAUCCAAAAGCAGCAAGAUCUCAUGAAAGAACGUAGCAAUCUCUUUGAGACGGUGCCAUUUGCUCAAGACUUUGCUGGAAGUAACAGAGUCAACUGUGCGGCUCCUUUCAGGGGUGGGCGGAGCAUCGUGUACGGGACCGACGACGGUGUCUAUUUCUUGGACCUUCAGGAUGCCAACAAGCCACCGAUGAAGAUGCUUGCCCUGCUCGAGGUCACCCAAGUCGACGUUAUGGAAAGCUCGCAGCUCUUGAUCGUUCUUUCCGAACGGAGCGUUCUCACUUUCCCGCUCGAGGCGUUGGAAGCACGAGAUCCCACUGCUGGGCUCAAACGAGGGCAAAGAAUUGCGGCACACACUUCGUUCUUCAAGGUCGGGGUUUGCAUAGACAAGUCGAUUGUUUGUGUGGUGAAGACGAGCCCGCUAUCUACGACUGUCAAGACGUUUGAGCCGGUCGAUCAAAGCAUUCGAGGGAAGAGCAAGCCUACGUUCAAGAAGCUGCUUCAAGGAGGUAACGAUACACUCAGAUUGUUCAAGGAAUUCUACAUUCCUGUCGAGUGCCAUUCGCUCACCAUCCUGAGGUCUCGACUCUGCAUAGGCUGCGCCAGAGGAUUCCAGAUUUUGGAUCUCGAAUCCCUUGAUACGCAACCUCUUGUCGAUCCAUCAGACCCCUCUAUGGAGUUUAUCGAGAAGCGGGAGAAUCUCAGACCUCUGGCCAUCUUCAAGGUUGAGAAUGACUUCCUCUUGUGCUACGAGGAAUGGGCCGUUUUUGUUGAUCGACAUGGCUUCAGAGCUCGUGGAGAGUGGAUUGCCAACUGGGAGGGUCGACCUACCGCGUUUGCCUAUCACUAUCCAUACGUGAUGGCUAUCGAACCGUCCUUUAUCGAGAUUUGGGAUGUAAACGCCUGUACAAUUCGCCAGGUUAUCCUUGGGGACAACCUUCGCUGUCUUUUUGCGGAACCUCCUGUUCUCCCUUCUGUCCACGCCAACCCCAAUCAAGUCUAUCCAAACGGACCGUACCCUCCUCGCACGUCGUCUUCAACCCGUGGGCCACCUCAGAUCGGUCAGCAUCCGUACAUGCAUCCAGGGCAUCAACACGAAUUGCCGGGCUCUCACCCAACCCUGACGUACGGUGGACGACCGUCAAUGCACGCCAUGCCCUACCCAGGCCAGCCGGGUGCAUACGCUCAUACGCCGCCACCAGCCCCAGGCUACGAUAUCGGACGACGGCUUACACUCAUUGGAUCUGAUGAUAGUAUGAUGAUCCUACGUCCCGUGGCCCAAUCCAAUGGGGCGGCCCCGCAGCGAGAUUGA